GACAACCUCUUUCCUUCUUUCCCCCUGCCGGCAGUGGGAUGGCUUGGAUGAAGCUGGCUUGGCAGCCACGCAUAUGCACGCCGUCAGGCUUCAAGUUGAAUGUCGCGUUCAUUGAGGCACAGAGUUCUCAUUGAUCGCUAGCCAAGCUCGCUUCCGAGUUUCUACCGCCCCAUCCCACUGCGGAUGCGUUCCUAGGUGGCUAUGUUCGGUAACGAAACAUAGGCUGGCUUGACGCGCCGGCGGGUCUCCGUUCUACUAUCUGGUACUGCGGGUGGGGGAGUUUAAUCCGUGCCUGCUCGGCGACAGCAUGCAAGCACAGAACUGCGCAACGACACAAUACAUCCAGGCGGUAUCGUCAUGUAGUGGCUGGACAUAUUUAAAUAGCGCUCGAGAACUCGAGGAUACCCUCAUUGUUUUCAAGUUCCAUCUUCCUUCACCAGCACCUUUUUUCAGCAGAUUUUUUGCACCCUUUUAACUUCUCAACUUUCUUCAUCUACUGAAAUGCCUCUUGCAUCUUCUUCGCGGGUCUUCGCCCGAGACAACGCUACAUAUGUCGCCGAGGAAUCGGAGUACGGCUACGUCCCAUGGGAGAGCGCCGCUAUCGUGUUCAUCGUGCUCUUCGGGAUCUCAACCUUCGUACAUAUCGUCCAGUCCCUCCGGUACCGUCUCUGGUGGCUCCUGCCCACCAUCGUUCUCUCGGGUGUUCUGGAAAUCGUCGGCUGGAGCGCUCGUCUCUAUGCUCAUUGGUAUUUUACGGAGGAGAACCCAUUUAUUAUUCAAAUUGUUACUACCAUUGUUGCUCCUAUCCCCCUCACUGCGGCCAACUUUAUCAUCAUCGAGAAGAUCAUUCGGCUGCUGGGCCCUCGGUACAGCAGGCUCAGUCCUAAGGCUUACCUUCGUUUCUUCUGCUCUCUGGAUGUCAUCGCGUUCAUUAUCCAAGCGGCUGGUGGUGCCAUCGCCGCUGGCGCUGAUACGACGUCUGUCUCGAAACUGGGUAGCAACAUCAUGCUUGGUGGCAUCUGUCUCCAGCUCGCCUUCAUGAUCGUCUUCACCCUCCUCGUCUCCGAGGUCUUCUACCGCUACUUCAAAGACUCGCCCGUGCGCACCCCGUCGGCGGACGAGAAACUCGGCGCCGACGCGUACGCGCUCUCUGAGCACCCGCGUACGCUGCUCAUGAUCUACGCCGUUGCGUUCAGCACGUUUGUCCUCCUCAUCCGGGCUGUCUACCGGACAUGCGAGCUCGCGGACGGGUGGCACGGCGUCAUCAUCCUGACGCAGGCGUACUUUGUCGCGUUCGACGCGUGCAUGGUCGUCCUCGCCAUCUACGCGCUCAACUUCUUCCACCCGGGCUUCCUCGUCUUCGGCCAUGAGUUGUUGUGAAAAGCCUAGCACGGGACUUGAAGAUACACGAUGGUGUGCACCUUGCCACAGAUACGAAGCAUCAAAAAUAUUUGUUUUCUUUUUACGUACAUGACUUGUUACGAGUCUGGACAUUCUUCUUUACUUUUUUUUUCCAUUUAUUCACAUGAUUUACGCAUGGACUUCGUUCGAGGGCUUCGGCGCUCGGAAUGACCCCGUUCUUU